GGCCUGGCGGGGAGUCAGGCUCGCCUUUGCCCUCUGUCUGUGCCAGAGCUCUGGAACCUGGCUGGCAUCUCUUGAGAGCAAAGCGAAGCCCGCGAGCGAUCUCCCGGGAACUUCCUAGAAAAAAAAAAUUUCAGGUUGGAAAGGGAGGGCCGAACACCGGAGGGAGGGAGCGCUCCUCGGCAGGGACUCAGGUUGGCCAGGGCUGCCCCGAGCCCCGGAGAAUCCCCAGAGCGAUCGUUCACUACAUGCCCACAUGCCUGCGUGUGCCAGGGAGCCAGAGCUCGGACAGCGGGAGUCGGAGACAGGACCAGGAGCUGCAGAGGAGCCGCGGCAGAGCCCCAGCGAGCGCGCUGCCCUGGCUCGGAGCCCAGGGGCCGCCCACUGGCGGGGGAGGCGGGGAGCGCGCAGGGAGGCGGCGGCGGCGGUGGGGCUUCCCCGGGCUUCCCCUCCCCUGGCCGCAGGUGCCCGGAGCGGGCCUAGGACACGGAGGCUGCUCCCGGCGAGAGGGAGCUGGGAGUUCCUAAGGCGGCAGCGGCUCCGCACUAGGACGCGGGGUCCCCAGCCUCGCUAGUGGCCGGCGCGGCUUCCCGGAGCCCCAGAGCCCCGGAGCCCGACGCGGGUGGUUUGGGCUGAGCCCUCCCCGGCGCCUGCCCCCCGCCCGGCACCCGCCUCCGCCCCGCCCGCGGUCUGGAGAGCGCCUCCCUCGCCUCCCUCGCCUCCCAGGGUCUGGCUAGCGGGCGCCGGCAGAGCUGCGGAGAGCACUAGCCGUCGCCGCGGGAGCUGCUCCAGCCGCACCAUGCGGGAGCUGGCCAUCGAGAUCGGGGUGCGAGCCCUGCUCUUCGGAGUCUUCGUAUCUAAGCCCAGAACACCAGCUCAGAGCCACCCCACAGCCUCCCGUGAGCUGCUGUCACCUAGGCACCGACACCUGCACUGGUCCCUCCUUCAUUUUACAGAGUUUUUGGAUCCGUUCCAGAGAGUCAUCCAGCCAGAGGAGAUCUGGCUGUAUAAAAAUCCUUUGGUGCAAUCAGAUAACAUACCUACUCGCCUCAUGUUUGCAAUUUCUUUCCUCACACCCCUGGCUGUUAUUUGUGUGGUGAAAAUUAUCCGGCGAACAGACAAGACUGAAAUUAAGGAAGCCUUCUUAGCCGUGUCCUUGGCUCUUGCUUUGAAUGGAGUCUGCACAAACACUAUUAAAUUAAUAGUGGGAAGACCUCGCCCCGAUUUCUUUUACCGCUGCUUUCCAGAUGGAGUGAUGAACUCAGAAAUGCACUGCACGGGUGACCCCGAUCUGGUGUCCGAGGGCCGCAAAAGCUUCCCCAGCAUCCAUUCCUCCUUUGCCUUUUCUGGCCUUGGCUUCACGACGUUCUACUUGGCGGGCAAGCUGCACUGCUUCACCGAGAGUGGGCGGGGAAAGAGCUGGCGGCUCUGUGCUGCCAUCCUGCCCUUGUACUGCGCCAUGAUGAUUGCCCUGUCCCGCAUGUGCGACUACAAGCAUCACUGGCAAGCUGUGGUGGUGUCACGUGGUGAAGUGAAGGAAUGUGGAGUCACAGCUCUUGUCUUUUGGGAAUGGUUAAUUCAUGCUGCUGCUGGUGUACCCAAGGCCUGCCGGCAACUGGGACUUUGAAACCGUUAGUAUCCAACAGGCACAGAAAGGACCUUUGGGCAGUAGAGGCAGAAUAUUCAUCCUCUGUGGGCCAUUGGGAAAGCCAAGAAAGAGAAUUUCUGUUCAGGAUGGUUAGAACCAUAUUUGGGAAUCAAAUCAAAACCGCGUCGUGGUAGACUUCCGUAGCCCAAGCUGAACGCGCAUCUGUUGGUACGGGUUAUUGGUAUGGGCCAGGGACAAGUUCAGCUCUGCCAUUACAUGUUCAACUGACACCCUUGGAGUCAGCCAGGAGAGGAACACAGCUUCCUUGGAUGUCUAAAAGGCUCUGAGUUGGACUCAUUUUACCUGAGUCCCCCUUCACUAGGCUGUCUGCCACUGUCCUCACCAGUUGUUUUCAACUGGGUGAUGGAGAGGCUCACUGUACCUCUCAGGGGACAUGGAGCAAUGUCUGUAGACAUCUUUUUGUUGUCACAACUCUGAGGUGUAGGUGCUACUGCCAUCGUGUGGGUGGAGGGUUAGAGACUAGGGAUGCUGCUCAAUGUCCUACAACUGCAAGACCCCCCACCCCCCACCCCCCAACAAGGAGUUAUCCAGCCCCAAAUGUGAAUACGGCCCAGGCUGAGAAUCCCUGUUCUACGUCAUACCCCAGCUCCAUGUUUCUUUCCCCUGCUCCAUGUUAAGAAGCAGCAGUGCUCUGGGAGAGGGAAGUUUUGUUCAUUCAACACUCAGUUAUUAAGGGAGAAAUCAAGGAGGCCUCAAAGGUUUUCCGUUGGGAGGAGGGAUGCAGAGUGAGGUCUUCAACUGCAGUGUAGGUGGAUGUUGGAGGCAGGAUGCCUGAUUAAGAUAAAUAACUUGUUUUCCUUUGGUGAACUGAGCUGCCCAGUGACCGUGGGCGGGGGCCAUCCAUCAUGGUGAAAAUUCACAUGGAGCCCCAUUGGCAUCAGCAAAACUCAAGUCCGCCUCAUUAUAGACUUUAGUUAACAGCAUUCACGUUAUGAGAUUUUAUGACUCCAUUUCAGUUUUGAUUUAAGCAACUGUGCCUAAUGUGGAAAUACAUCCAAUUACUCGAUUACACAGCCAUAUCCAAUAAAUAGUCCAUAAUCUCCAAUGACUCUCUGUCCAUUAUCAUGGUUAUCUUCUGUUGUUGACACCCCCUGGUCUUUUCUGUCUCCCCAGCCAACUUCAAAUAUAAAAAUCUAUUGUUUUAUUAAAUGAGGAAAAUACAGAGGCACAGGCCAUGGCAUAGGGAAGGAUGCAUGAGACAUUUAGCAGAACUUCUCCAGACACUAAACCAGCUGGAUUAAUGCUGAAUCUCUAUGUGGGUGAUGUGUCCUGUGUCCUUGUGACAUUCUGGCUGUUAGGUCAACUGGAAGCCGGAGAGUUUCAUAGAUGAUGCUAACUGCAAAGCUCAGUGCCCUCUCAAACAGGCUCACCUUUGUGAUUAAGUGUGUUUCACAGUGCUCAAACUCGUAGAAUCCCCAUGCUAGGGAAAAUAACUGCAGAGAAAGAGUGCAGCAUGUCCUUAAACCGACUUCUGCCUCUCUCACCCUUUCGUGUGAUUACGAUUUCUUGUCAAUGGAGGGUUACAGCUACUAGUGGCAGGAUGUGUUGUUUGCUCCAUCACUGGGCUUAAUAAUGAGCUCCCCUGACCACCUCAAGUCCCUGCAUCUGAAACCAAGCUCUCUCCAUGUGACUAGGUUUGGAGAUAACAUUUGAAAUACUUGUUUCUCUAAUCAUAGGUCAUUCUAAGCAGCCCUGGGUGCCUGUGUGGUAUUUCAUUAUAAGAGGGAGCAUCCUCCUCCAGAGGUAAUCUAAGGGAACGGGCCUCAAAGAAUGAAACAGUCAUUUGUUCCCACCCAGUCUAAGGUUGGAAAGCAUCUCGGUCAGUCACAGAUGCAGUUGUCUCACUGGGCUGAAGUUCUCAAGAUGGCCGUCAUUGCCUUUGCCUGCUUCCCCGACUGGGCGGUGAAGGGUCUGUGAUUUGAAAUGAACUUAAUGUAGUUACCAAACUUCAGGAGAUUAUUGAUCCUCCAAAUGCAGGUGGUUUGGUGGUUGGAUAUGUGCUGGACUGUUUUGUGUGCCACAAAAUGCUUCUGGCCUCAAAAAGUCAGGGAGAAGCUAUUCCCUUUGGAGAAACCUUUGUUUCAAAGCCUCAUGGCAUCCUGCAACUCACAGGACUCUCUUGAGCUCUCCUUCCUUUUGGUACUGAUAAACUCAGUAGCCCCACAGGAUGGGAUCUUUCCCUGUUCAGUGUCACAGAGCCAUUACAUGAAAUCAAACAUGAGCAUCAAGCAGAGUAAACUUUAUUCCAUGGCCAAAGAAUGGAGGAGUGGAAACACAGCUCUCAGAUGAACUUUUCAGUUAGUGAGGGGUGAAGGGAUUAAAAUAUUAGGGUUUCUCUAAUGAAGAGGUCAGGAAGUAAAAUCUAGAGGAGGGAUAGUUGGUUCUUUUUCUGUAAAUGGACCGUGAACUUCUGGGAACCAGAGCGCUGCCUUCCUUUUAUGGCUUCUUCCAGUUGUUGUCAUGGCAAUUGUCAACUGUCAUGGUGCUGAUGAGAGUGUCGUUUGGCAUGGAAAUGAGAUUCCAGUGAAGCCUGACGUCUUCUUGAAGUUCUUCAGUCAGCUAUCUUGGUUUUAGCCAGUUUCAGCCAGUCCAGGUACAAAGGGAACUAUUUUCCACAGGUGUCCCAUUUCUUAAAGAUAAACAGAAUUAGAGAGGGGUAGAAAUUCAGCUAUGUACUUACUCCCCUUCCCCUUCCCUCCCCUCUGUGUCUGUCUAUUCAGCUAUGUACACUCUCCCCUUCCCUCCCCUCUGUCUGUCUUCAUCUCUCCAUCUGCUUCUCUCUCUCUCUCUCUCUCUCUCUCUCUCUCUCUCUCUCUCUCUCUCACACACACACACACACACACACACAGACACACACACACACAGCUGAGGGACAUACACUGUUAACUAGGCCUGCCUUGUGCUGUCAGAAGCAAUCUGUAGGUUUUCUAAAUGAAACAACUUGAAAAAGAUCCCUUGGAACAAUAUGAUAGUUUCUGCCAAAAACCUGCCAGCCCCGGGUGGAACAAAAAUACUUAGAUUCUUCCUCAAAUAUCCUCAGUCCUGAGUGAAUUGAUCUCACCUCAUUUCCCUCCACAGCCGGCUGCUCUGUGUGGCAGGGCCCACAGUCACAUUCACCAUCGGCUGCCAACCCCCACCUCUGUCUGGGAACCUCUGAGUCUUGACUGCCCUUCUAAGUCCACCCACCUCUGUGUUGGUGCCCAGGAGAGCAUGAGAAGCCUCAGUCCCCGGCUCACCCCUCCCUCUGGUCAAAGUCCACUGCAGAGUGUGCUUUCAGCCUAAAGCGAGCCAUCCUCAGUCCUCUUCCUGCCUCCAGGAUAGCCCUGGUGUCUCCCCAUUAUGGAAUUCCCAGGGAAGAUGGACGUCGAUGGCUCCCAAGUCUCACUGGCCUCCUUCCUUUGUUUUACUCAAGGGAACCCGUCUCUUCUCAGCUUUCUUUGGCUUUCUGUGCUCAGCAUGUAUGUAUAUAUAUAGACUCCAGGUUUUCCUUCCCACUCUGGUCUGGUGAUCACCACUUGUUGCCCGAAUCAUCGCAGAAGCCUCUUAGCCUGACUCCCUCCUUCCUUCUUUGCCCCUCAACUGCAGUUGGAGUGUGCCUUUAGAGCUCGAGUUAGCACAUGUCACUCCUGCAGAAAUGGUGCAGUGACUCUCAUUUCACUCCACAUCACAGACCGUGUCCUGCCAAGGCCCACAGGAUCUGCUCCCUCCGCACCUCUCUGAUGCUGUGGUUACGCUACCUGUCCUCCUUGUUCACAGUAUUGCAUCGCUUGAGCUUCUGGCUGCUCCUUGAACAGGCCCAUCCCCUCCCACCUCAGAGCCUUUGCACAGGCUCCACUUUGUGCCUGGAAUGCUCUUGUUGAGAUGUGGGCAUGGCUUGUUCCCCUUCUCCCUCUUAAACUGGGCUCCAGUGUCACCUUCUCAGUCCUGUGAUGCCCCUUCCUCACAUACCAUGCCCCUCAUGCCUUGUACAUUUACCACCUUCUGACAAAUGAAAUAAUUUAGUAUGUAUUGACUAUUGUCUGUCCCUAACCGCUAGAACGGGGUGGGCAAACUUCGUAAAGGAUCAGAUAGUCAAUAUCUUAGGCUGUAUGUGGCCGUGCGAUCUCUGUUGCAACUACUCAGUUUGGCUGUAGUGCCCAGAAGUGACCAUAGAAGAUAUAUAAAGGAAUGGGUUCACUUCGUUUACUGGCCCCUGCACUAGAAUAUGAUCUCCAUGUGAGCAGGGAUUUGGGUCUCUCUUGGUGGCAUGGCACAUAGUGGGAACUUAUAUCAGGGUCCUGAGGCUGCCAGAGCAAAGUAUCAAAAACUGGGUGGUUUAGAACAACAGAAAGAUACUGUCCCACCAUUCUGGAGGCUGGAAGUCUUUGGCAAAGCCACCCUCUCUCUGAAAUCAGUAAGGGGAGGAUCCUUCCCUGCCUUUUCCAGCUUCUAGUAGCCCCGGAUGUGCUUCCGCCGAUGGCAGAGUAAUUCCAGUCUCUACCUCUCUCCUCCCCUGGUGUUUUCUCUGUGUGUCCUCACAUCCGCUUCCCUCUUUGGGUUUCUGUCUCUGUGUCCAAAUUUUGCCUUUUUGUAAGGACACUAGUCCUUAUAUUGGAUUAGGGCCCACCCUGAUUAUCUGAUUUUAACUUGAUUACUCCCUAUUUCCAAAUAAGGUCAUGUUUUCAGGUCCUAGGGACUAGGA